CAACCCUGGCAAUGUGUUCCACACACCUGCUACUGUGUGUGUGUGUGUGUGUGUGUGUGUAAGUAAAAUAAAUCUACCUUGGUAUCCUGCCUAUUACACUCUCCUCCAAAAUCUUAAAACCUUAAAAUCGAGCCUGAGAGUAUUAACCAUUUCUGUGAUCCACUAUCAAUGCCUCUUAUCAACAUAUACACCAUCAGCAACUCUCAUCCUCUGCUUAAAAAGAAGCAUCUCUAAAACCGUCACAGCCUUUCUAUAAUGACGUGACCAGAAGUGAACAUGAUACUACCAAGAACUGUUUAACUGGAGUUUUAAAAAGCUGAACUCAGUCCCGCAACUAAUGCUUUUUUAACCACGCUAUCUUGUGUGCAACUUUGAGGGUUUUAAGGACAUGAACCCCUAGAUCCCUCUGUUCUUCCACAAAUGUUAAGAACCCUGCCAUUAACCCUGUGCUCUGCCUUCAAGUUCAACUUUCCAAAAUGUAACAGUUCACGCUUUUUGGGAUGGAACUCCACUGCCACUUCUCAGCCCAGCUCUGCAUCCUAUCAAUGUUCCAUUUUAACCUAUGGCUAUCUUCUGCACUAUCCACAACAUGACCAGUCUUCGUGAAAACUUACUAACCUACCCCUUCACCUCCUUGUCCAAGUCAUUUACUGUAUAAAAUCACAAAGAUCAGGGCUUCCAGAACAGAUGCCUGUGGACACCACAGGUUAUUGACCUCCAGGCAGAAUGUGCUCUAUCUACCACCCUCUGCCUUUGUGGGCAAGACAAUUCGGAAUCCACACAACCAAGUUUCCCUGGAUCCCAUGCCUCCUAACUUUCUGAACGAGCCUACCAUAAGGAACGUUGUUGAGUGACUGGCUUAAAUCCAUAUACACCACAUGCACUGCUCUAUCUUCAUCACUUUUGUUUGUAGUCUCUAAAAACUCUCUCUGGCUCUUGAGGCAUGAAUUGCUCCUCAUAGAGCCAUGCUGAUUAUCCUCAAUAAGAUGAUGAUUCUCCAAAUGCUCAUAAAUCCUGUUCCUAAGGAUUCUCCCCAUUAUUGUGCCCACCUCCGACAUAAGAUUCACUGGUCUAUAAAUCCCAGGAUUAUCCCCAUUACUUUUAUUGUACAAAUGAAUAACUCCAACUUCUACUACUACAGGAUACUAUUCCUGUGGCCAGUGAAGACACAAAGAUCAUCACCAAAGGCACAGAAUUCUCUUUGCUCACUUCCCGUAGUAGCUUGGGAUAUAUCCCAUCCAGCCCCAGGGACUUAUCUAUCCUCAUGUUUUUCAAAAAUUCCAGCACUUUCUUCCAGCAUAUUAUCUUUUACAACACCUGCAGUAGCAAGGGCACAACAGAGGGAUUAGGUUUUUCUCACCUACCUGCUUAAUGUUCUGAUACUCUGGACAGGUAACUUGAAUUUGUGAUUAUGCCCGUGGAUCACUUUGACCCACAAUCUGGGCUCUUGGGAUUUAUGACUUGCCCAAGUUCUAGCUUGAAAGAAUGUACACUCUGGCAGAAUGUACAUUAUUUAAUUCAGCACCAAGUCGUGAUGAUGAAAAGUACCUUUGUGUUUAGAUUUCUAGUCGGGCAACACAAAGUAGCCCUUGGCCUGUAUUGAAAGAUAUAUCAGGGAGCUCAAGAUGAGCCAACACUGUAAUUACUAUGUACCUGAGUUCAGACUAGAAUGCAAAGAACUUGCUGAGGCUUUGUGUCAUAGUAUAGAAGCAGCCCCUCAGCCUGAAGUGACCAUCAAGCACACAUUCACACUUAGUCCAUUUUGUUCUAUCCAACUCUCCCAGAUUCUACCACUCACACUAGUAGGCACCUGUUCAGGCACAGGCCUGGGCAGGGUUGUAUGGGAGACCGGCAGUUGCCCAAGCUGCAAGUUCCCCUCUCCACGCCACCGAUGUUGUCCAAGGGAAGUGACCUUCAGAUCACUAGACUGAUGCCUUAUCCACUAGGCCACGCGCCAACACACUAGGGGUAAUUUAUAAACCUGAAGCCCUUUAGGAUGCAGGAAGAAAUUGGAGUGGUGAUGGAAAUGUUCAAACUUCGUGCAGGUGGCACUGAAGUAGAAUUGAAUUUGAAGUAGAAUUGAACCCAGAUCACUGGGUUCAACUGAAGUAACAGUACUAGCUGGAAUUCCAAAACACUUUUUAGCAUUUGUAUGUUGGUGUGUGGCCAAAUGGUCUGAAGGUCACUAGUUUGAGCCUCAGCUAAGGCAGUGUGUUGUGACCUUGAGCAAGGCACUUAACCACACAUUGCUCUGCGAUGACACGGGUGCCCAGCUAUAUCGGCCCUUGCCCUUCCCUUGCACAACAUCGUAUCAUUUAUAAACUCUGUUUUUAUACUUGAGAUUUUUGCUACCGCCACAUCAAUUGAUUGAAGACUCAGAUACAACUGUGUGCUUCCAAUUGGAGGUGCGCGUUUACUGCUGAAAGGAACGAACGCGGCCACAGGCCCAAACAAAACAAAACUAUACAGAUGUGUAUUGUACAGCCAUAACACAAAAGGUUCUGUAUUGACACUGGAAAUCCAGCCCAGCUGAAGGGUCUUGGCCCGAAAUGUUAACUAUUUACUAUCCGCACCUCAGCCUGACCUGCUGAAUCCCCCCAGUAUUUUGUGCAUGUCGCCAUUUCUCCCGCACCGGAGUAACACUAUUACAUCCAGCUGUUUGCUGCAAGUGAGAUUCAUUGAAGCUCUGCCCGCUCCCCACUCACCCCGUGUGGUCAAGCUCCUGCAGCCCUGCGCUGCUUUGUGAGGGCAGUGAAUUGGUGUUACUGAAGGUGGCGAAGGGCAGGGCGCGGUGCGACCGGAGGCGGAACGGGCACCGAGCGAUUGACUGCGACGUGCGACGGGCAGAUCGUUGCCGGCAGGUGUUGCCACGGCUCGGCGGGCAUGGCUGACAACGUGGCAGGAGCAGUUCAUUUGAACCCAGCCAUUGAGCCUCUCUCUUGGAUGUUGGGUACCUGGAUUUCUGACCCUCCUGGGGAAGGUUGCUAUCCAACUAUCAAACCUUUCAAGUACAUGGAGGAAGUCCAAAUCACGCACGUUGGUCAACCCAUGCUAAAUAUUUCAUUUAAUGGUUUCAAUCCUGAAACUAGGAAGCCAAUGCACAAGGAGUGUGGCUUUAUCAGAAUCAAGCCUGGCACCAACAAAGUGGCAUUUAUCAGCGCACAAAACACAGGUAUUGUGGAGAUUGAAGAAGGAGAGGUGAAGGAUCAUGAGUUGACAUUGUCCUCGCAUUCUGUGGCUCGAAUGUCCUUUGCAAAGGAGCCACAUGUCCAGCAAAUUUCACGGACAUUCAGACUCACAAAGGAGGGGAAAUUGGAGCAAACUGUUUUCAUGGCAACUGAUAAACAACCUCUGUUGCAGCAUCUGCAUGUAACCUAUACACACAGUUCCUAACAAGGUGUAUGUAAUGUAAGAUGUUAAUGAGGUACAAAUGCUUUCCAUUUACAGUGUAGCCUCAUUAUGUUGGAAUUUUACACAUGGGCAUUUAGAAUUGAUUGUUUGACCACAGGAAUGGAAUUUACUAUCUGUUGUGUUCAUUUUACAAAAUAGGGAAUGUCUCCUGAUUUUAUGCCUCAUCCUUAUGAGGGGAUGACCUUUGAAAGAUUGUUGAACAAUUGUAAAAUCUUUCUAUUGAGUUGAUGGCAAGAAGUGGCAAUCAGAGAAACUUGUGUGAUGUUUUUGCCUCAUCUUCCCAGACAAAUAAUAUUUUAUGUACUGUUCACUAGUUAAAAAUCAGGUGAUCAAUAGAUAACUUGGUAUCAGGCAAUCUUGUACUGCUAGGUUACAUCUGUCACAUUGAAGCUCUCUUUUAAUUGACGUUCAUUCUGGGCUUUUUUGUGGGUCUCGCUCCAGGUCACACACAAGGUCUCAAAAUGAGGAACUGGUAUUGCACUCAUCUACUCAAUACAUAAUUAUGCUUCACAAAUAGAUUCCACUACUCCCAAGCAUGUAAUCUAGAUGGACUCCAUUGCUGGCAAUAACAGAAACUACCUUAGCCCCAUCAGGUGAAAGGAUGAAGUUGCUUCUCAUCUCAGUGCUAAAUGGUUAUCCUCUUGUUUUGAGGCUGUGUCCUCUAGCUUUAGAUGCCCCAGUCAGAGGAAGCUGCACCUUUCAUCCACUGUGUGAAGUCCAAUAUGAUUGUUUUGUAUGUUUUAAUGAAAUCGUCUCUCAUUUCUAAACUCUGGAGAAUACAGGAUCACCGCGUAAUAUUCCUUCAUGGGGCAAUUUUCCUGUUCCUGACACCCUAGUCUCAGCCAUUCCUGGGAUCAAUCUGGUGACCUUGUUUGGCCUCCUCUGCCAUUAUUAUAUCCACCCUUUGGGAGAUCAAACCUAUGCACAAUAGUCCAAGUGCAGUUUCAACAGGGCCUGAUAUGGAGCUGAUCCUUUGAGGACAUCACCUCAUUAAUGUAUCAAUCAUUACAAAGCUUGAAAAUUACUAAUGAGAGAUAAGGCCAUAUUAGGCACCUCAGUAAGUUUCUUUAUAAUCCAUAGGAUGUUUAUUAUGUUGUUAAGAUAACGUUACCAAUGUAAUGUAUGUUCAGGGUCUAGUGAUAAAGUGCCUUUUUCUUCAAUUGACUCAUUCCCUGGGGGAAGAUGCUGCCAUGGUGAUGCAAGCUUGACACCGAAGACUGGUUUGCAAGUGAAAAAAAUCAUGAAUAGGUUUAACAUAAGUGGGAACAAUUCUGAGCUAGAGAAUCCUUACUGGAACUUGGAGUGGUCAGCACAAGUAACAAUUCAUACUUUCUUGUGUAAAUAAAUAUCUACAAACUAUUGUCUCUAGAAUGUUGUAAUGUAAUAACAUGAUUCAAAUAAUGCAGCACAGUAGUACAACCCCAGUGACCUUGAUUCAAUUCUACCACUGUCUGUAAAGUGCUUGUACAUUCUCCCUGUGACCGCUGGGGUUAGUAGGUCAAUUAAUCACAUGAGUGUAAUUGGCAAACUUGCAUGUGGGUAAGCUGAUUUAGAAAACCAAGAUCUCUAUGCAUACAAGUUACUAAAAGCCAGUGUAAAUGUACAAAAAGUAAUGAAGCAAGCUUAUGAAAUGUUGGCUUUCUCUUCAAGGGUAAAAUUCAAAAACUGAAAAUGCUGGAAAUAUUCAGUGGAUUAGGCAACUCUUGUGGAGGGAGAAAUAGAGUUAACAUUUCACUUUCAUGUUUAUCAAGUGUGUAUUAAGUUGUAGUGAUGGGAGGGAGUGGUGAAGGGGGAAAGGUAAGUUUGCAACUUAAACUAUGUUUGACUUUCACUUUUAGCUGUUCUGAUAAAAUGUGGCAAACCUGAACAUUAAUUUUGUUCCCCUCUCCAUGGAUGCUGCCUGACCUGCUGUGUAUUUUCUGUUUAGUUUCUAUUCCAGCAUUCUGACAUUUGCAUUUUUUUUUGUUUUUGAAAAGAUUGUUACCUUGAUCACACCUUAUCAAUGUUUGGCAGAUUUGAGUAACUGAUGCCAUGGUUAAAAGGUUUACAUUUAUUAAACUGGGCUGCAUUACUUUUGUCUUGUGAGUUUAGAAAUUUUUAAGGUAAUAAUUUUAAAUACCUUAAAAUUAAGGGAUUAGAUGGGAUAGGUAGAAAGAAUAGUAGGGAAAUUCUCAGUGAAUGGAAAUAUUUUUCUGCAUGCUGGAUUUCAGUGCUUCAAAAGGCUAUCAGAGUCAAGGCAGGGGAUUUUGGGUAAGGGUAGUGAAGAGCAGGUAGCAAAGAUGGGUUAGUGAGUAUGUUAUACAGUAAAUCUUCAAUAAUCCAGCACACUUUGGACUUUGGUGCUGGACUGGCAAAAUUUCUGGACUAUAGCAUUUAACUGGAAUGGUCAUUACCUCUCAACCAUCAAGCUCUUGAACCAAAGGGGAUAACUUCAGUCAAUUUCACUUGCCGCAUCAUUGAAAUGUUCCCACAACCUACGGACUCACUUUUAGUGACGCUUCAUCUCAUGUUCUCAAUAUCUAUUGUUUAUUUAUUUACAAUUAUUUCUUUCUUUCUUAGAUUUGCAGUUGUUUGUCUUUUGCACACUGGUUGAAUACCCAAGUUACUACAGUCUUUCUUUGAUUCUGUUAUAGUUAUUAUUCUAUUAUGGAUUUAUUGAGUAUGCCUACAAGAAAAUGGAUCUCAGGGUUGUAUAUGGUAACAUGUAUUUUGACAAUAAAUUUACUUUGAAUUUAAUA